GCGCCGACUGCGGUGGAGACCAUGGCGUCCGAGCGGCUCCCGAACCGGCCCGCCUGCCUGCUCGUGGCCAGCGGCGCCGCCGAGGGAGUGUCAGCCCAGUCCUUCCUCCACUGCUUCACGCUGGCCAGCGCUGCCUUCAACCUGCAGGUGGCCACGCCUGGGGGGAAGACCAUGGACUUUGUGGACGUGAGUGAGAGCAAUGCACGCUGGGUGCAGGACUUCCGCCUCAAGGCCUAUGCCAGCCCCGCCAAGCUCGAGUCCAUCGACGGUGCCCGGUACCAUGCCCUCCUGAUUCCCAGCUGUCCCGGGGCUCUGGCCGACCUGGCCAACAGCGGGUCUCUGGCCCGAAUCCUGCAGCACUUCCACUCCGAGAGCAAGCCCAUCUGCGCGGUUGGCCACGGCGUCGCCGCCCUGUGCUGCGCCACCAAUGAGGACCGGUCCUGGGUGUUCCAAGGCUACAGCGUGACCGGGCCCUCCGUCUACGAGCUCGUCAGGGCCCCCGGCUUCGCCCGCCUGCCCCUCAUUGUGGAGGACUUCGUGAAGGACGCCGGCGCCAGCUUCAGUGCCAGCGAGCCUGACGCGGUGCACGUGGUGCUGGACCGUCACCUCGUCACGGGCCAGAACGCGGGUUCCACUGUGCUCGCCGUGCAGAACCUGCUCUUCCUCUGCGGCAGCCGGAAGUGACGCGGUCCCCGCUGAGCCAGCCUGCCUACCAGUGGAUGCCACCACCUCCGAGGGCCCAGUCCCCAGAGGCAGCGGGACUCCGGCCUCCAGGGCCGAGCCUCGGACAGCUCCUGAGGCUGACUUCACCCGACCGGGCCUGUGGGACUGCGGGGCCUCCAGGAGUCAGCCUGAGGGGUGUCGGGUCUUGGGGGGUGCGAGGCCAAGGUGCUGCACUGGCACCGGGUGGGGCUCGGGUUCCAUGUGGAGCGGUCCACAGGGAGUUGGUACCCAGAGAAUCAGCUGGGGCGUUGCAGGCUGGGGUCGUGGCCCCUCUGGUCUUCCUGCACCAGCACUGGGUGUCUCCCUCUGCCUGUGCCUGGCGCCCAGGUUGGGGAGCAGAGGCCGACCCCCCUGGGAGCCAGGAUGACCAGCUGGCCCAGCAGUGACAGGCAGGGGUCCCGGAGUCGGUACCCGUGUGGGGAGGGCCAUGCCCAGGCGGUCUGCUAUACCCCAGCCCUGCGGGUGCUGCUGAGGGGGGAGGGGCCAGCUGGCUGGAGCUUGGUCAGCACUUUUGACUUGGGUCAAAGGUGAAGGGGAAUUAAUCUUGUGGUCACAGCUCCAGGCCCCCAGAUUUGCCCCGAUUUUAACCUUUGCCUUGUGUGUGGGUGCAGGGUGGUGGUGACCCCAUGUCAGGCCAGGGUGGACCUCAGGGCAGACGGCAGCGGCACCGCAUCCCUGACAUUGAAACACUGUUGACCUUUGACCUUCGAACACAGCCCGGGGCUCCUGUGGCAGCGCUGCACAUCCCCCGUCCUGCGGCUGCUCCGCGGGGUCAGGGGGGACACAGCGAGCAGGAGCUCCGCUUGGAAGGAGGUCCUGGACAGGCCUCUGCUGGGGAUGCUGGGCGGCUGUCUGGCCGCUCCCUCCCAGCGCAGCCCGACAGCCUGACCACCCUCAGGCUUCCCAGGGUGCCUGGCUGGGCUGUGGGGUCCCCUCUGGAGCCAGGCUUGCUGCAUCGCUGCUUCCAGCCCCUGGGAACAAGCAGGGCAGCCCCCAGGCCCGGCGCUUCCUCCCGGCCCCUGGACCAGCUCACUCGGCACUCCUGUCGGCAUUUCCCGGGAGGCGAAUUGGCCUGGCCGUCAGCCCCA